AUGAACGGACUUCUCUUUGCCUGUUUGUUGCUUGUCGCUGAUUCCUGGGCGUUGCCCCAUGAGGUCGUGGUACCAAGACAUCCUAACGAGGACCUUAUAAAGGCCGCCAAACCGGUACCAAGACACCCCUCCGAAGACCUUAUCAAGGAUGCCGAAAUGAGAUCUCAUACCAGAAUCAUCGGAGGAGCAGAUGCGAGCAUUAGUGAUUUCCCAUGGCAAGUGUCACUCCAAUCAUAUUUCAACAGCCAUGUAUGUGGAGGGGUCAUCCUUGACGACACAACGGUUCUUACCGCUGCUCACUGUUUAGGAAGUCUGACAAGGGUGAAAUACGCCACUGCAAAUUUAAGAGGCGGACGGACUACCAGUAUUGUUAAGCAGAUAAGGCAUGCAAACUUUGAUCAAGGUGAUGGAGCCUAUCCGAACGAUAUUGCUAUCCUGAAGGUUAAUUCAAUGACUCUAGACGCAAACGCAAAAGCAAUAAACGUGAUUGAUAAAAGCCUCGCCAGCGGAACAGAGUGCACGAUCACGGGCUGGGGAGUUACAACUACUGGCGGUGGUGGCAGCACGUCGAACAUCCUACAGCAGGCAAAAAUGGAAGUCAUCUCUGACAGUGUGUGUGCGAUUACCUGGGGAAGUAACAUAUGUAAUACCUGUCACAUCUGCAUCACAGGUGACGAUGCGAGAGGGGCAUGUAAUGGAGAUAGCGGUGGACCUAUGGUGUGUGAUAAUAUGUUGGCCGGAGUGACAUCUUGGGGAGUUUCUGGCUGUUUACCAAAUUAUCCGUCCGUCUAUACAGAUCUAUACCACUACCGUAAUUGGAUCGAAACAAAUAGGAAUUGA